ACUGAUGAUUUUUCUAAAACUCCUGAAACUGAUAAUUCGUCCCAAAUUAAUGAUUCUUCUAAUACAAAUAAUGCUGACAAUUCUUCCUCUAAAACUCAUGAGAUUGAUGAUUCUUCUAAAACUCCUGAGACUGAUGAUUCGUCUCAAGUUAAUGAUUCUUCUAAUACAAAUGAAGCUGACAAUUCUUCCUCUAAAACUCAUGAGGCUGAUGAUUCUUCCAAAACUGACAAAAGCGAUAACUCUUCUAAUACAAAUAAAACUGACAAUUCUUCCUCUAAAACUCAUGAGGCUGGUGAUUCUUCCUCUAAAACUCAUGAGGCUGAUGAUUCUUCUUCUACAACUAAUGAGGUUGAUGAUUCUUCUAAUCUAAAUGAAGUCGACGGUUCCUCCUCUAAAAUUCAUGAGGUUGGUGAUUCCACCAAAACCGACAAAGCUGUUGAUUCUUCCUCUAAAACUCACGAGACUGGUGAUUCUUUCAAAACCAACAAAACUGAUGAUUCUUCUCAUAUAAAUAAAGCUGGUGAUUCUGCUUCUAAAAUUCAUGAGACUGGUGAUUCUGCAAAAAUUAAUAAGCCCGAUGAUUCUUCUAAUAUAAAUAAAGCUGACGAUUCUUCCUCUAGAACUCAUGAGACUGGUGUUUCUUCCAAAACUGACCAAACUGAUGAUUCUUUUAAUGCAAAUAAAGCUGAUAAGCCUGAUAACGCAUCCAAAACUAAUGAUGCUGACGGUUUCAAGGCGGACAAAAUUGACGAUGGUCCUUCCAAGGCCGAUACAACCGAUAAAUUUGGAGAUACUUCAGAAACUAAUAAAUCCGACCCUGAUUCAGAAAGUUUUGUCAUGGUGAAUAGAGUAGUUGAUCAAAUUUGA